AUGGCAAGCCUACCCGGCUUUACCACAAACUUCCCCGCGGGAUACCCAACCUUUCAAGCACGCGGCGGCGGAGGAACCUUUGCGCACCACAGCGGUGGGGGCUCCUCAUCAUCAGGCGCAGCAGACUGCCAGCGCUACUUCCUCGACCACGCCCAGCACGACAAUGGCGUCCAGGCCGUGUGCGCCCUCAUCAACAUCUGCCUGCCCUUCCAAUGGUCGCAGAACCCGCUGCUCAGCUCCUCGGGCCCGCUGCCGCAUGCCUCGGGCCCCGCCGCUUACAACAUGGGGUGGCCACGCCAAGGCCCAGUCACUUCGUCGCGCGUGCCCGGCGGUAUGGCUGGUCCGCCGCCCCCGCCGCCAGCCUGGGUCUCGCUCGUCCCUUUUAUCCGCCGCCUCGUUGUCACCGGCAUGGACAGCGCAGGCAUCAUGCACGGCUUCUUCGGCGAGGACUGGCGUAAAGGCGUCGGUCCCAUGCACGAGUGCGAGCGCCGCAACUACCUCUUCACCGCGAAAAGCGUCGGCUGGGCCAAGGUCAAAUGCCACUACGACAUGUCCCCCCAUGAAUCUGUCCCCUUUCUCAAACCCCUCCAGGAAGUCCAACUCGCAGAGAUUGAGGGCGCGGAGAAGACUUGGAGUCAGUGGCUCGCCAUGGAGGAUUGGAUGGUCGGUCCGCGGGCCCCUGAUGCGCGUGAUGGGGAUCAGCAUCUUGACGAUGCGCCGCCUUCGCGACACGAGUCGUGA